CAGCCUGCUGACAGCCUUAACAAGCUCUUCCAGGCCAAGGGCAAGAAGUACUUCGGUACUUGCGGUGACCAGGGUACCCUCGGCAACGCUCAGACUGCUGCUAUCGUCAAGGCCGACUUUGGUCAGCUUACCCCUGAGAACUCCAUGAAGUGGGAUGCUACCGAGAGCAGCCAAGGCAACUUCAACUUCGCUGGUGGUGACUACCUCGUCAACUUUGCCAGCCAGAACGGUGACCUCGUCCGUGGCCACACCCUUGUCUGGUAUUCCCAGCUUCCCCAAUGGGUCCAGAACAUCAACGACAAGACUACCCUUACCAACGUCAUGAAGAACCACAUCACCAAGGUCAUGACCCACUUCAAGGGCAAGAUCUACGCCUGGGACGUUGUCAACGAGGCCUUCAACGAGGACGGCACUCUCCGCCAGAACGUCUUCAUGAAGGUUCUCGGCGAGGAUUACAUCCGCAUUGCCUUUGAGACCGCCCGCGCCGCCGACCCCAACGCCAAGCUCUACAUCAACGACUACAACCUCGACUCUGCCAGCUACGCAAAGACCCAAGGCUUCAUCUCGCACGUCAAGAAGUGGAUUGCCGCCGGCAUCCCCAUCGAUGGCGUUGGUUCCCAGACCCACUUGGGCAAGGCUGGCUCCUUCAACAACCCCGACAACGUCCCUGCUGCUUUCAAGGCUGUUUGCGCUGCUGCUCCCGAGUGUGCCAUGACUGAGCUUGAUCUUGCCGGCGCUGAUGCCAGCAGCUACGUCAAGGUUGUCAACGCCUGUGUUCAGACCAAGAACUGUGUUGGUAUUACCGAGUGGGGCAUUUCCGACAGCCAGUCUUGGAGAAAGAGCGACAGCCCUCUGCUCUUUGACAGCAACUUCCAGAAGAAGCCUGCUUACACUGCCAUUGUCAACGCUCUU